GAUUUUAAAUUUAUUUAAACAUUUACUUAACGACAAGUCACAAGUUUGACUCACUGCGGUGAUCUAGUCACGGUUUCGUUUGCCACUUAAAUUAUCAGUUAAUCGCGCCAUCUGGCAACGCUCACGCAUUGAUAAGAUUUAUGUUUCUGGUUGAGGUUGGAUCGAAAGAAGAUUAGAAGGUCAAGAUCGUUUGGUUAGUGUAUCUUUGGGUGGACAAAAGGCAGCAUAAACAUGGAAAUGGAAGUAAAUAAGACCCUGCCAUUUGAUCCCUCGCUGCUGGUGGUCAACAUCUCGUUGCGACAGAUCGAGGAGAUCGCUAUGACGGUGUCACAGCGGUGCCAUGUGACCGGGGUCAACGAGGUCGCCUGGGCCCUGCGCGCUCUCAUGCUCACCGAUCUGACCACCCUGGCCGGGGAUGAUACGGCGGCCAAUGUGCGUCGUCUGUGCCUCCGUGCCUGCUAUCCCUUCGAGCCUCAGCUGUUUGAUAAGUUCUUCGAUCGGUCCCUCAUCCCGGACAUGCAUACGGCCGCCGUUUGUGUUUACCCCGCCCGGGUGAAGGAUGCCUAUCAGACGCUGCAGCAAUACGAUAUGCUAGACAAGGUGGCCAUUGCCGCAGUGGCCACGGGCUUUCCCACAGGACAGUAUGGACUGCAGACGCGUCUGCAGGAAAUUAGCCAUGCCAUCUUGGCUGGAGCCACCGAGAUUGAUAUAGUGAUCAACCGACAGUUGGCUCUGGUGGGAGACUGGGAGGCUCUGUACAACGAGGUGGUGCUCAUGCGGAGCGCCUGCGGACAGAAGGCGCAUCUGAAGACCAUUCUGGCCAUCGGAGAGCUGGGCACAAUGGAGAACGUCUACAAAGCAGCCAUGGUUUGCAUGUUGGCUGGAGCGGAUUUCAUCAAGACCUCCACCGGCAAGGAGACGGUGAACGCCACCCUACCCGUAGGCCUGGUCAUGAUAUUCGCCAUUCAGGAGUUCAAACGUCGCACCUGCCAGAUUGUCGGCCUAAAGCCGGCCGGCGGAGUGAGAACAGUGCGCGAUGCCAUCGCUUGGAUGACGCUGGUCAAUGAGACCCUUGGAAUUAGCUGGCUACGCCGAGAGAGAUUCCGCUUUGGCGCCUCCGGUCUGCUGGACGACAUAGAGCGCGUAGUUCGCGAAGGUGUGGUCAAGAUGGAGGCGGAGGAGCAGACUAAGAAUGUGCAGCCUCCCCCGGAAAUUGCUGCGGCCGAGGCGUUCUGUAAGGAGCUGCGCAAGAAAAAGGAAACGAAGUGAGCCUUAGCCGUCACUCACGCGGAGUACCAUAUAUUGUAGCAUUUUUUACAACUGACUAAAACCUAUAAACAAAACAA